CGGCCAAUGGGAGCUCCCAUGAGGCGGGGCGGGGCCGCGGACGCCGGGAGCCCGGGCACCGCCCUCCAGGAUGGCUGCCAUGCUGGGGGACGCCAUCAUGCUGGUCAAAGGCCUUGCCAAGCUGACCCAGGUGGCCGUGGAGACCCACCUGCAACGCCUGGGCCUCGGUGGGGAGCUCCUCGUGGUGGCCAGGGCCCUGCAGUCCACAGCUGCAGAGCAGAUGGGCUUGGUCUUGGGGAAGGUGCAGGGUCAGGAUAAGCGCGAGGAGCCUUAUGCCGAGAACUUCGAAGACCCGGAAGCAGAGUUCUCUGGGCCUCAGACUGUGGGGGCUCGCACAGAUUUCUCUGCAGCCUCCUUCCCUGACUGGUCACCCCCUCCAUCCUGGGAUCACACUGGCAAUGAGGGCCCGGCUCCUGCCUAUGUGACCAGUGGACCCUUUAGGGAAGCUGGGCUCUCAGGCCAGGCCACCUCCCCUCUGGGCACCGUCACCGGGAGGCUCUUUGGAGACCCCAGACACCCACUUUCUACCAUGGGCCUUCCACGAAGGUUCUUCCACCAGGACCAGCCCCCCGUGGGGGGCCUCACCACGGAGGACAUUGAGAAGGCCCGGCAGGCCAAGGCUCGCCCCGAGAGCAAGCCCCACAAGCAGAUGCUCAGCGAGCAUGCUCGGGAGCGGAAGGUGCCAGUUACACGGAUUGGGCGGCUGGCCAACUUCGGAGGUCUGGCCGUGGGUCUAGGCUUUGGGGCACUGGCUGAGGUAGCCAAGAAGAGCCUCCGCCCAGAUGACCCUUCAGGGAAGAAGGCCGUGUUGGAUUCCAGCCCCUUCCUGUCGGAGGCGAACGCGGAGCGCAUAGUGCGAACGCUGUGCAAGGUGCGCGGGGCAGCGCUCAAGCUGGGCCAGAUGCUCAGCAUCCAGGAUGAUGCUUUCAUCAACCCCCACCUGGCCAAGAUAUUUGAGCGGGUGAGGCAGAGCGCGGACUUCAUGCCGCUGAAGCAGAUGAUGAAAACGCUCAACAAUGACCUGGGCCCCGGCUGGCGGGACAAGCUGGAGUACUUUGAGGAGCGGCCCUUUGCGGCCGCCUCCAUCGGGCAGGUGCAUCUGGCUCGCAUGAAGGGCGGCCGCGAGGUGGCCAUGAAGAUCCAGUACCCUGGUGUGGCACAGAGCAUCAACAGUGACGUCAACAACCUCAUGGCCGUGCUGAACAUGAGCAACAUGCUUCCCGAAGGCCUGUUCCCUGAGCACCUGAUCGAUGUGCUGAGGCGGGAGCUGGCCCUGGAGUGUGACUACCAGCGAGAGGCUGCCUGCGCCGGGAAGUUCAGGGCGCUGCUGAAGGACCACCCCUUCUUCUACGUGCCUGAGAUUGUGGACGAGCUGUGCAGCCCCCAUGUGCUGACCACAGAGCUGGUGUCCGGCUUCCCCUUGGACCAGGCUGAGGGGCUGAGCCAGGAGAUUCGGAACGAGAUCUGCUACAACAUCCUGGUCCUAUGCCUGAGGGAGCUGUUCGAGUUCCAUUUCAUGCAGACAGACCCCAACUGGUCCAACUUCUUCUAUGACCCUCAGCUGCACAAGGUGGCUCUUCUGGACUUUGGGGCAACUCGGGAAUAUGACCGAUCCUUCACGGACCUCUACAUUCAGAUCAUCAGGGCAGCUGCCGACAGGGACAGGGAGGCGGUGCUGAAGAAGUCCAUAGAGAUGAAGUUCCUCACUGGCUAUGAGGUCAAGGCCAUGGAGGAUGCCCACCUGGACGCCAUCCUCAUCCUGGGGGAGGCCUUCGCCUCGGAGGAACCCUUCGACUUCGGCACGCAGAGCACCACCGAGAAGAUCCACAACCUGAUCCCUAUCAUGUUGAGGCACCGGCUCAUCCCGCCCCCCGAGGAGACCUACUCCCUGCACAGGAAGAUGGGGGGCUCCUUCCUCAUCUGCUCCAAGCUGAAGGCCCGCUUCCCCUGCAAGGCCAUGUUUGAGGAGGCUUACAGCAACUACUGCAAGCAGCGGGUGGCACAGCCCACUCCGUGAGCCCCCGCCCGGUGGUUUCCCUCCUGGGGACGCUAGCAGAGGGGGACAGGACUGCCGUGGGAUCCUUGCCACCCGAAAUACGGAGAAGCCUGAAUGUACAUAUAGGAUGAGGCUUGUGUGUUUCUAGAAUGAGAUUUGUGUUUUGUGCCCUUUGCUCGAGCCUGUGUUCCGAGCGGUGCUGGCAAAAGCCCUGUUUGCUGAGGCCCUGCCUGCUCUUGGGCUGGGCUGUGUACUGUGGACAAGUGGACGUUUCUGGACCCAUGGAAGGAGAUGAAUGUGCCAGUGUCACCUGGUUAUAUCUGAGGGCUGUUCAUUUUUGUACAAUUCUUGUAUGAUUUGUUUCAAUAUUAAAAAAGACAAAAACCCA